CGGGGGAGGGGGCUCGUUCUGGGCCCUUCGGAAAUGGGAGGUGGCUAAGGCGGGCAGCGGUGGGAGCGAUGGGAGGGCGGCGGGGCGCAGGCGGAGGCGCCUGAGCGCGGCGGGAGAGGGGGCGACACAGCCGCGGGGCGGGGGGGCCCCGCUCCCCGCCGCACCCCCCUCCCGGAGCCGCGGUCCCUGCCACCGACCGGUUAUUCCGGAGCCGCGAGAGGAAACGAGGGAGCGCGGAGAAGGAGGAGGGAGGAAAGGGGGGAAAAAAAAAAAAAAAAAAAAAGGGAAAAAAAAAAAAGAAGGGGGGGCAGCGUUUAAAUCCCUGCCCCCCGCUCCUCGCCGCCUCCAUUCCUCCCUUCAUUCGACCUCCCCUCAGGAGCCGCCGGUGAGUCCCUCGCCCGCUCCCAGCCGCUCCCGCCCCGCUUGUCAUUGUCGCCCACUCGCUGCAUUCUUUCGCGGCUGGAUUUUAGCCCUCCGGAUUCAGCAGGAUCUCAUUGCCUGGCUGGUGUAAUCCCCUCUUCCAGAAGAGCUGCCCAUCUCCAUCGCCUCUGAAACAGCCAAAGGGGGUUGUGGAGUCAUAAAAAUUUAUGUUUUCAUCAAACCGGGCCAAGGAGAAUGGGGGUCCCACACCCAAAAGAAUGAAGACACGACAGAACAAGGAUUCAAUGUCAAUGCGGAGUGGACGGAAGAAAGAGACUCCGGGGCCCCGAGAGGAGCUCAGGUCACGGGGUCGAGCUUCCCCUGGUGGUGUCAGCACCUCCAGCAGUGAUGGCAAAGCUGAGAAAUCCCGACAAGCGACAAAGAAAGGCCGGUUGGAGGAAUCCUGCACCCCCAAGAGCAGCAAGCAGGGCCGAACAGAAGAGAUCUCAGAGAGUGAAGGGGAGGACACCAAUGCUCCCAAAAAAACCAAAACUGAGGAGUUGCCCUGUCCUCCAUCCCCAUCCGAUGUUGACAGCCUUGACGGCCACAGCUUCAACGAUGAGAUGAGCAGCGACCCACGGGACAUUGACCAGGAUAACAGGAGCACCUCGCCCAGCGUCUACAGCCCUGGCAGCGUGGAGAACGACUCCGACUCCUCUUCUGUGCUGUCCCAGGGGCCGUCUCACUCCUACCACCACCCCCCGCUCUUCCCCGAGAGCCCGCCGGUAGCUCCCCCUCCCGACAGCCUGGCCCGUCCACCAGAGCCCAGCUUUGGGCUCCCCGGCGAGGUGCACCCCCAGGGACCCCCCGCAGGAAGUUACCAUUCCCAGCUGGAGGGCCAGGCCUCACGAAUUUUCCAGGCUCAAGCCCCACAGACACCUGCCUCCUCCUCCUCCUCUUCCUCCUCCUCUGCUGUUGCUGCCCCUUCCGCUCCGCCUUCCUCCUCCUCAUCGUCUUCCUCUUCCUCCUCCUCUUCCUCCCACACUCCCCUUUAUCCUACGGCCAAUGUGGUCCAGGUCGGGGCCAAAAUUGCCAGUGGAGUGGGGGGGCUCCCAGCACCAGGGGCUCGUGAGCAGACCCUCAGCGCCAAGCACAAUCCACCGCCUACCACCCCAAUCUCCCUGGCCUCGGUAGGAGGAGGGCUCCCCCCUCAAAAGACACCCCCGGCCAACCCCCCGGCUGCGCCCCCGGCCUCGGCCCCUUCCUUCCCCCACGUCUCCUCCAACCUGCCUCCCCCGCCGGCCCUGCGCCCCCUCAACAACGCGGUGGCCGCCUCCAGCUCCCCAGGGAUGGCGGGGCAGGCCCUGAGCGCCCACCUGCCCUCGCCACACGGCAUGGGGCAGGACAAGGCACCGGCCCUGGCCCCCUCCCGCUACCCCUACGCCCCGCCGCCGCUGCCGCCCUCCAGCUCCUCUGCCCAGUACCCGCAGCCCUCGCCGGGCCAGCCCCUGCCCAGCUACAGCGCUUCCUACGGGCACUCCUUCCCCCCGCCCAGCGGCCUCUCUGUCUCCAGCCAGCCCCCCAAGUACACCCAGCCCUCCCUGCCCUCGCAGCCCGUCUGGAGCCAGGGGCCACCCCCGUACAGCCGGCCCCUGGGCAAUGCUGGCUCCCACCCCGCUGCCCCUUUCCCGGGCCAGUCCCCCCAUCACCAGCAGCCUCCCCAGCAGCACCACCACGGUCACGGCAGCAGCGGGGGCGUCUCCCCGGCAGCCGCAGCUCCUCCCCAGCCCGCCGGGGGCUAUCCCCACGGCCUGGAGUCCGGCAGCCAUCACCCUUCCCAUCCCUCCUACGGGCUGCGCCUCUACCCUCCACACAGCCAGGCCGCCUACAGCCAGGCUCCCUCCGCCACUGCGGCCGCUGCCCCCUCUUCCUCCUCGUCCUCUUCCUCUUCCUCCUCCUCGUCCUCCUCUGCUGCCUCUUCCCAGGGAAGCUACCCCAGCAUGUGCACGCACCCACCGGGGCAGAGUCCUGCCACCUACACCUUCCCGCCGCCGCCACCCCCGUCCCCUGCUCACGGGGCUGGCCCUCCAGUCACCUCUGCUGCCACCACCCUCUCCACCGUCAUUGCCACCAUGGCCUCGCCCUCUGCAGCCCCCUACAAGACGGUGUCGCCCCCGGUACCCCCGUCAGCUGUGGCCCCCUACGGGAAGCGGGCGGCCUCCCCUGUCCCCACCUUCCAGCCCCCGGCCCCCUACAAGCCGGGCUCGCCCCCCACUUCCUCGGCUGCCCCUUUCCGUGCAGCCACCCCUCCUGGCUACCGGGUGGCCUCGUCCCCUGUGGCGGGGGGCUACAAAGCCCCCUCACCCGCCCCCUCUGCCCCACCACCCUUGCCAGGGAGCAUGGCUGCCCCGGCCCCGCCGCCGCCCCCGCUGCCCCUCAGCGCUGCUCAGAUCAAGCAGGAGCCGUCGGAGGAGUACGAGCCCCCGGAGAGCCCCGUGCCACCUGCCCGCAGCCCCUCGCCACCCCCCAAGGUGGUGGAUGUGCCCAGCCAUGCCAGCCAGUCAGCCAGAUUCAACAAACACCUGGACCGUGGCUUCAACUCCUGCUCCCGCACAGACCUGUACUUUGUGCCCCUUGAUGGCUCCAAGCUGGCCAAGAAAAGAGCAGACUUGGUGGAGAAAGUGCGUCGAGAGGCUGAGCAGAAGGCCCGUGAAGAGAAGGAGCGCGAACGGGAACGGGAGCGGGAGAAGGAGCGGGAGCGGGAGAAGGAGCGGGAGCUGGAGAGGAGUGUGAAGAUGGCCCAGGAGGGCCGUCCGGUCGAGUGCUCGUCCCUCGGGCCGGUUCCCCACCGCCCCUCCUUCGAGCAGGGCAGUGCUGUAGCGACUGUUCCCCCAUACCUGGGCCCUGACACCCCGGCUCUGCGCACCCUUAGCGAGUACGCCCGGCCCCACGUCAUGUCCCCCAGCAACCGCAACCACCCUUUCUACGUGCCCCUGGGCGCCGUCGACCCGGGCCUGCUGGGCUACAACGUGCCAGCCAUCUACAGCAGCGAUCCAGCCACGCGCGAGCGGGAGCUGCGGGAGCGGGAGGCCCGCGAACGAGACCUGAGGGACCGGGACCUGCGCGAACGUCUCAAGCCCGGCUUUGAAGUCAAACCGGCCGAGCUGGAGCAGCUCCAUGCCGUGCCCGCUGCUGCCAUGGAUCCGUUCCCACGCCACGGCGGGCUGAGUCUGCAGACGGCCCCCGGCCUUCAUCCCGCUUUUCCCUUCCACCCAGGGCUGGGCCACUUGGAGCGGGAGAGGCUGGCGCUGGCAGCUGGCCCGACCCUUCGUCCCGACAUGUCCUACGCCGAGCGCUUGGCGGCUGAACGCCAGCACGCCGAGCGGGUGGCCGCUCUCAGCAAUGACCCUCUGGCCCGGCUGCAGAUGCUCAAUGUGACACCUCAUCAUCAUCAGCAUUCCCACAUCCACUCCCACCUCCAUCUCCACCAGCAGGAUGCCAUACACGCAGCCUCAGCCUCCGUUCACCCUCUAAUCGACCCCCUCGCCUCGGGAUCACACCUCACCCGGAUACCAUACCCGGCUGGCACCAUCCCCAACCCUCUCCUGCCUCACCCUCUACAUGAGAAUGAAGUGCUGCGCCACCAGCUCUUUGCCGCACCCUACAGGGACCUGCCGGGCUCCCUGUCGGCGCCCAUGUCGGCGGCGCACCAGCUGCAGGCCAUGCACGCGCAGUCGGCUGAGCUGCAGCGCCUGGCUCUGGAGCAGCAGCAGUGGCUCCACGCCCACCACCCUCUGCACGGCGUGCCGCUGCCCACGCAGGAGGACUACUACAGCCACCUGAAGAAGGAAAGUGACAAACCCCUUUAAAUGGACUUCUACUGUCAGUGUGACAUCAUCAUGUCUUUCUCUCAAGAGGAGCAAUCAAUCAACCAAAUCCGGGGGAGGGGAAGCUGCAAAGUGACACAUCCUGAUCCCACCAUGCAGUAGAGUACAAGAGAAGAUGACAAAAAGUAUGGGAUGGCAUCCUGGGAAAAGUGGAGGAGAGAAAAUGGGGAGGGACUGUAACACCGCUAAUGGACCUGAAGCGAUUGGUACAUGAUUUCAGCUGAGCUCUGAAGAGAAGAGAAUCAGCAUUGCACAGAGCUCAGAAAGACAAAGACUGACAUGAAUUCAGGGUGGCAGGAGCUCCAUCCUUUGUUUUGGGGGAACAGUUGCAUAAAAUAAAAAGCGCAGGGCAUUGCAGGACUUCGUGUACAGGAUGCUCCUGCCUUUUCUGCUUCUGCAAGGAGGAGGUGCAGCCAAGAAAUAACUGCAGACACAAAAGAGCCUUUUUUCAAGAUGCCUCCUCAACACCCCACCUCCCCUUCAAGUGUAAGAUACUGCUUAGCGAUACAGAAAAGCAACGUGGAACUUUUUCAGAUUAGCCAGAGCAGCUUCCCAUUCUCCCAACAUCCCUUCAGAUGCAAACAAAGCGUUCCAGGUCCCUUCCCGGGAGGGUCCGCUCCCAGCCAUCGGGGUGCAAAGCACCGCAGGACUGUUUGCAGGACGGUGGCUGUGCUUUCCCCAGCUGAUGGGAACGGGCACGGCCGGGAGGUGCAAAGCACCAGCAGACUGUUUUGGAGGCUGCCAUCAGCACCGUGAGCCCUCUGAGCCCCGCGGGGAGAGCUGGCGUGGCCGAGCGGUAACACUGCGUCCUGGGACUGUCUGUAAGAUGGUGGCUGCCCCUUUCCCCUCACCCAUCCUAAUUGAUGUACUUUAACUCAUGCACAUCCUAUUAGACGUGGCAGUUUUAUGUAGCAACUUGUGACUCCCUUGCCCCCGCGUGCGUGUUCUGAUUUCACAGUUGUAUCUCUCGAUUGGUCCCCCAUAUAUAUAUAUAUUUACUUAACCAUUAAAGGAAAAAACAACCAACAAACCCAGCUAUGGAAAAGAAAAAAAAAAAAACAACCACCCAAAUGAUGUUCCCCACGCACUCCCAAGCCCUGACACACAUUCUAAUAAUUUAUAUAUAUAAAUAUAUAUAUGAAGCUCUUAAAAAAGGAAAAAAAAAAGACAAAAAAACCCUUUCAGAAA